AUUAAUUUCACAAGAAAAGGAACACGAAUUCGAAGAGACCCAUAUUGAUUUUGAAAGAAAACCCGGGAGAUAAAACGAGUUAAUUUUUAACUAUUCAUUCUGCAUAGCGAUUGAACUUGCUUUUAGUACUCUUCAGUCUUGCUUUCUGAGAAUUCGCGGGAAUUUGCGAGCAAGAGGAUGAGAUCCAACAUCGUCACCGAGGCAGGAUUGCCAACAAGGGUGGGGCAAUGGUGGGAUGGCAUUCCGUUCUUUACUUCAGCUGUUGUGAUAAUCUGUGGAACCAUUUACUUGGUCUGUCUCUUGGUUGGAUAUGACUCAUUUGCCGAAAUAUGUUUCUUACCUGCGGCAAUCCUAUCAAAGUUUCAAGUUUACAGGAUUUUUACGUCUGUUCUUUUCCAUGGCUCACUACUUCACGUUUUGUUCAACAUGUUGGCUUUAGUGCCUUUGGGUUCUGAACUCGAGAGAAUCAUGGGAUCAGUCCGCAUGCUCUACCUGACUAUUCUCCUAGCCACAAGCAAUGCUAUUAUUCAUCUUUUCUUUGCAGUUAUCAUGGCUUAUAACCCCUUUCGUCCUUAUGAGAACCCUAUGAAUGAAUGCGCCAUAGGAUUCUCUGGAAUUUUGUUUUCAUUGAUUGUCAUAGAGACAAGUUUGAGUGGAGUUCAAUCUAGGAGUGUUUUUGGCCUCUUUAAUGUUCCUGCUCAAUGGUAUGUUUGGAUUUUGUUGCUGGUGUUCCAGCUUCUAAUGACAAAUGUCUCAUUUCUAGGGCACCUAUGUGGCAUAGUGACCGGAUUUGCAUAUACUUAUGGGCUAUUAAACUUUCUAUUACCUGGAACGCCAUUUUAUUCUGCUAUUGAGUCUUCCUCUUUGCUUUCAUCUUGUGUGAGGCGACCUAAAUUUAUUCUGUGCUCUGGUGGAAAUCCUUCUGGCCAACUUCCAACAUAUUCUGGCCAAAGUACCAUGUCCAAUGGGGUUUCUUUUGGUAAUAUUUGGAGAAACUUAUCUUCAUGGAUGCCGUGUAGAGAGACAGUUACUCAGCCACAACAAGACAGCAGAUUUCCCGGACGUGGAAGAACACUUGGUUCUGCUCACAACCAAACAGCUUCUGGUGAUGAUUCAGAGUUUAACCUGCAGACUAGGUUGUUGGAUAGGAGUUCUGCAGACCGUCCCCUUGAAAUGGCAGUAACUGGUGCAGGUCAUCAGUCAUCUGAUGGAAGGCAAAAUGAUAGCACCGUUGUAGAUCGAGCGAUCCCGAGACAAAAUCAGAACUCAGUUGCUUCUGAUGCAGAGAUUCAGAAUCUAGUAUCCAUGGGUUUUGAAAAGACCCAAGUAGAAGUUGCUCUUGCAGCGGCGGAUGGGGACGUAAAUAUAGCAGUCGAAAUUCUUAUGAGCCAAAAGGAUUAAGUUGAAAGUUGCAAUUACCUAAUUGAGGUUACGCCAUGUUUUUGCUUGGUCAUGGGAUUGGUUGUAAUUUCAUUUGGUUUGUGUUGUAUAUUUCUAGGAAAACUUUUAGGCUUCUUAGAGGACGUGUUUCGAUCUCGAAAAUGCAAGCAAAAUUUUAUAAGAAGAGAAGGCUUAUGGAAAUGUAAUUAGAUGCAUAGCUUAGCUAUACUGUCUUUCAGAUGCUGCUUUGCCUAAAGGAUGAUUUGUUGGCCCUAAAAACUAGUUCACUAGAUGGUAAGUUAUGCAUAAUUCUCAAGGGAAAAAAAUAUUUUAAGUGAAAACUUACCUUGUAUUUGUAGCAUUCAAACAGCCUCGAAUAGAAAGUUGGAUUUAUAUUGGAUCAA